AUGGCGAAUUCCACUUACGGAACUCCGGCUUCGGACAUGCCGCUAAACCCUGCUGAUGAGCCCGAGUUCUACGAGAAAGGUUAUCCUUCGCUCGCGUACUUUUUCUCCAACAAUCCUCGUUAUCUUCAUUUGCGACGAUUCUCCGGUCUAUCAAUCCGCCUUCUGCUAUAUCGCCAGUGCGAGCUUGUUCAUCUUGAGAAGCAACUGCUGGGGAUGGACAAAUCCAAUAUUUCAAGCAUCGAAGGAAGGAGAUCUAGAUACCAUAUCGACUAUGCUGCCACACUCACAGAUCCACAUGGUAGCAAGUUCCGCAAUUUGGUAACGGAUAUAAGAAAUAGAUUGAAAGAGUAUGAAGAAGAUCUCAUCCGAUUCGAGAAACUGGGCCUCAAAGGUUUUGAUAUGGCCAAAGUCAAAGUCGUACAGGAUUGGCUUGAUCAUCCCGAACUCGGCGCCUUGAUACUGGAUGGACAAGAUCGGGACAUUUGGGGGACUGGUGCGAAACCGGAUGGUCAUGCGCUUGACAUCAUCCAGGUUGUAAAGGAGUCGGAAUCGAGUCCGGCAAGCAAGUAUCUGCAAGAUGGCCUUUCUCGCUGGUCAUCUUGGACAGGGAAGUGGCUAACAUUGUUUUCCACCUGGCAAAUGAAGAAACCAGACAAACACAAUUGGCACAUUCAAAGUCGGUCGUCAUUCCAAGGACUCUCGCUCACCAUCGGAUCUGUGCUCACCUCCGUGCUUGUUUAUGGCGCGAUUAUUUCCCUGAAUUUUGUUUCCGGAAAGGCGUUCAAUAUCGUCGUCGCCAUUCUUGUUCCACUCCUGAUAUCACUCUGUGGGUUAGGCUUCGUCAACCAGAAAUCCAUUGCCACCUGGAGCAUGCUUGGAACGUAG